AUUGAAUUUUUGUAAAACUAGUCCAGAAAUGUCUAGCCAAAGCGACAAGAAGUUCGAGCUCCCAAGCGUUCCUUCUGAGGACGAAGAACCUCAAAACGAUGUUACUCCGAGUAGCAGUCAGUCGUUAGACAAGCGUUUGAAUCCCGAUGCGCCCGAGUUUGUUCCAGGCUUGGCAGCCACCUUGCUUGCCAACAAGCUAUUCGACGAAUUGUCCGAAACAAUGGCUCCCUACACAAAAUGGAGCAAUGCGGCCAACGAGGAUGUAUCCUAUGGGCCACGUUACGAUGCUAUCUGGCGGGAAAGCGGCACACUGUCUCGUACGGCCCAGCUUAAUGCCAGCGCCGAGCCCUUUGUGCCUCUUGCUCCCGAUUUUAUAGAGUCACCAUCGAACGAAGAGCGAGUCAGCGCCGGGAACGAACAGUUGACUGUGAUCGAUGGAGAGCCACUGCAAAAGACCCAGCAGCUGCUUCAAAUGAAGGGAACACGCGUCAGCGCAAAACAAAGUGGCCUGCGUCUCUUUACCAAACGUCGUCCACCGCUAGAGGAUGAUUCAUCUGCUGGCUUCUUAUGCCCUUGCGUGCUCAUGUAACUUAAGUUUUGUUCCUCUGACAGUGUAACAUUAAAGCGACAAUGGUAUG